ACGCGUGAGAGGGUGAAACACCCCUUUUGUCGGCCAAUUUUCCCUCUCUCUGGCCCCCGAAAAUCGAACAACUAUUUCGAGGGAUUCACCAGAGAGGGAGGACAACAAUGGCUUGACAUAUGUUUUUCACUCCCUUAAUGAAGUGAAAAUUGAGUUGAGUGGCAGUUUUGCCCUGGCGAAGGGGUGAAAAGUUCUAAAUGAGCAUUUUCAAGAGCGCGUCGAGAAGAUUUAAUAAAAUUCCAGCAGGAGUUUGAAACUAGCACAAAAGAUUUGUCUCGUGGAAAUUGACACCGUCAUUCGCGACUUUUCCAGGACUAAUUCCCUCCCUGAGGACCUCAUCAUGCGUGGGGCGGAAAGUGUCAAUUUUCCCGAGCAGACAAGUCACAAUUCAUAUUAGUCAGCGGUUGAAAUAUUGUUUUUAGCAGUUUUACACCCACAUAAGCCGGCAUUUUAUCCACACCCUCGUCACUUUUCCUCGCUCUUGGAUCCACCCUCGGCGGCAAUAGAGAUAAAACCACUCAGAUAUGAUAUGAUUGAAUUAAUUUUACACCCUCUAUUUUGUGGCUUGUUUUACACAACUCCUGUCGCUUCUGGGUGGGUGGAAAAACACACUAAAACACAUCCUAUUGAGUCAAAUGAAAUUAUUUCACCCUCGACCUGGGAAAAGUCAAGAAAUUGUCGGAACUGGGAGAGACAAGGGAGGGAAGUUUUCAUCUCUAUUUCUUCGUGGACAUCGUCUGGUGCUUCUGAGCCACGUCCGUGAAAUGAUUUGCGACAUCUUUUGGCCCGUGCAAACUUCUCAAAGUCGUCUUCAGCACUUUUUUAUCUCCUCCUUCGCGAAUCACUCAAUUAAUAAAUAACACUUGAUUGACUUCACCGUCACUCUCAAUCAUCAUUCCGCGCUCAUGGGCCAGACCGGCAAAAAAACGAGAGACAAGCCCUCUUGGCCAGAUGUCGCGGUCUUGAAGUGUUUCAGAGUUUGAUCACCUGAAAAUUGAUUCGAUACAAGUUUUCCCUUUCCUCCGGUGCAUCGCCGAAGCCCCACAAGAGAUGCCACGGAGGGCGGCAAUAAUGAAACUCUAUGCAAGCCAUUCCUCAACAGGAAAUUGGUGUCUUUUUGCCCAUCAGCAUUGAGGUACACGGAAGCCAUAAAAUUAUCUCGCUCACAAACUUGACGAUCGAACAAUAAAAAAAACACUCAAGGGGACACAAUCCUGCGACAAGGGUGGAAAAUUCAUACUCAAGGAAGCCCAUUUAUUUCUCAAAAAAUCAACCAUAUAAUCCCAUAAAUUACAGGAAGGUAAAAAAUGCAUCCCUCAGUUGACAAAUUUAGGGGAUAAUCUCUAAAAAUGUGCCUGAGAAGGACUUUUUUCGCAAGGGAUUGAAUAAAUGCCAACAAAAUAAUACACUCAACAAGUCCGUCGAAAUGGUAUCGAUUGGGAGCAAUCGCAAAAGUAGAGCGAUCCUAUCAAAUAUCCAGCCUUUGUCCUCGUAUCAUCCUCUAGCACCGACAACACAAAUUACCAGGGAGGAAUUUAAAUUAUCCGGAUGAAUAAUUCAGGCCAGAUUUUCAUCUCCUCGAUGGGUGCAACGAAGAGACAUCCCUUCACGUGAGUUGGGGAAAAACCAGCAUAAUUUAAAUUGAGUCGUUUAUUCCAACAACAUUUCUAUAGAUCAAUAAAAAUAGUGUUCCACGCUGUCUUCAAGCAACUCUGAACCAAUUAUCUGGGCGGUGGAAUCCAAUGAGCUGAACAUUGCGCGUCUGAGGCCUUAAGAUGCAACAAAUGGGAUCUGGAACAUCUUCGCGUCAUCCAAGUGAUUGACAUGAUGUUGGAGAGGAGAAAAAAACUAUGCCAAGAAACACAUAUGAAAGGAAGCAAACUACCGCCGACAAUCAUCGGAGACUCACAAGAAGGCUCAUUGUUUUCCCGCGGGACGCCUGAACUUAAAGUUUUGAGAGACAGAUUUUUGACAAACCUAUUUUUAGAGACCUUGGAAAAGGGUCGCCGCCACGACUUUGAGGGUUUGCCCAUCAGGCAAAAGACGCACAAUUAAUUGCACCGAGAAUUUGUCUCGAUGUCCAGUUCCACGGGAAACUAACUGACUUUCUCACCGUCAAACCCUUUUUUUUCUUGUGGAAGGACACCCAAAUCCAUAAUUUUUCUCACCACCCAAAAAUCCAAUAAAAUACCCCCAAAAAGGCAACAGAAGAAAAGGGUUGAAAUUUUUGGUGUGGCAUUUUUUUCUGACAAUCCAAUUUUUUUUUAUUUAUCGCCCCGAAAAGGUCCAAAAAAGUGACGGGGGAAAAAUGUUGAAAAUUGUAUCAAAUUUUGUGAUGGAAAAAAUGUGGAAUUUCGUGUGCUAAGGGGUGUUAAUUGGAAACCUUUUCACCCCGGGGAGCGAUGCAAUAAUGCCAAGAAUGAGCGACAAAAACACCUCUACCAUUGAUACUUGAUACCAACUCAUUGACUAUUAUAAAUGGUCCAGGCUGGCAGCAGCAGCACAAGAGGAAUGUCACAUUUUUCUAGCUUUUGAGUGCAUUCCCGAGUUUUCCCGGGACAAUCACGGGAUUCAUCCCUUUGCCGAGAGUGUGUCUCUACGGCAACCCUUGUUUGGGAGCAUCUUCAUUCCGUGGUCUUUCGCUCAGACAAGGGUUUAGAGCUUGACGUUGAUUUGUGCACGUGACUGUCUUGCACGAGAUGAUCAUUAAGUCCAUCAGGAAAAAAAACACAGUUGCACAGAGAAUUCAUUAAAAUCACACGAGUUGCAGCAGCACUAUUUUAAUGUCAAUUAAGAGUUGUUAUUCUAAUUCACACAGUGAAUCAGAGAAUAGGUAUUUAUGGAGGAAUCUCCAUCCAAUCAUAAGCUCAAACAUCUCUCAGAAAACAGCACAAUUUUCCUUUUCGGGUGGAGUAUUUCCUGGGAACACCCUUUUCAUCUGCUCACAGCAACCUUCACCGAAGAAAAUUCCUCCCCGGCAAUUUUCCACCGACAAAAGAGGGAAAAGAGAAAUUCCGAUGUAGAGAAAAUUGGGGAAAAUAAUUGGAUUUUCACAUGAAAAUGGAGAGAAGGCAGCACAACAAUUAAAUUCUUCACCCUCCCCAGAAGCACGGGAAAUGUGGAUAAAAAAUAAGGAUCAUCAACCCUUUAUUCCGCGCCCCACGAAGAUGACUUUCCAAGAAAUAUAUCCUAGCAACGCUGAACUGGGGGGGCGGGAAAUUUGACACCCUUUCUCCGUAGCGACAAAAAUUGUCUCUUCGUGUUACUGAUGAUGGCAAAGCGGGGGAGGAAAAGGGUGGAGAGAGGGAGAGAGUGAGGCCAAAAAGGAUGUUUCGUCCAGUGAACGAUGAAAGUUCGCCUCUAGAGAAAUGUCCGCAAUGUCUUCUGGGCCGCGUUCUUGAGGAAAAGAGAGAGAGAGAGAGAGAGAGAAGACAAAGGCACGAGAAAAUGCUAAAGAGGCAGAAAGGGAAUAAAAAUUGAAGUCAAGUAUCAAAUUAACAUGCGACGAUACAGAACAAAUACAAGGUUGGCGAGGAGUUGCGUGCAAAAAGAAGCUCAGAGGAAAGCCAGCAAAAAAUGGCAAUAUUUUCUAAUAUCAAAUAAAAUACCACGAGAAUGUCUUGUGCAGCACACAAUAAAAAGUGUCUGUGGGGCAAAUUGUGAUGAUUUUUCCAACAAUCCCUCUCACACAGAUCUUAGGUUACAACGGUUUGACUGGAGGGAAACCGCAAAAUCAGCGUCCAUAUCAGCUUUUGUCUAUCACUUUUUAUCAUGUUGGCGAUGAUUGCGAUACUCUUUGAGUUUCUGCUCCAUUUUUAUGUAUAUGUUUUGCUGCACUCUUUUUACAUUCUCCUGUGCAAACUGGAAGCAACACCCGUUCAUUUCCACCACUCGUGCGCGCCCAAAUGCGAGGCAAAUAUGGCAUAAACACGGUUGUAAAUUGUAAAUUUGAGAAAUGAAUGAUGAAGAUGGACACGUGGAGGUGUCACAUUACCAUAUCAUGGAAAAACUCCUCUCAAUUCCGUGUCAAUCGAUGGGCGCAUCGCGAUGGAAUCUACUCCAGAAAAUUGAGAAGACCCUUUCACCCAAACACACAUCGAUGUUUCCCACCUUAAGACGACUGGUUUAUGGACACAAUUAAAAGUUCAUGGCUCAAAAAUCACACAUUCCUCCGUGCGCGGACGCUGGAAUCUGCACACGAGGCGAAGAAAAGAUGGGGAGAGAGAGAGAAAAAAAGAUGCAAAAUUCUUUACACCUGAAUAAGAUAAGAUCUUGUUGUACAGCAUGUUCACCGAUACUUUAUUAAUGUAUUUAAUCGUUCCGUGGCACAUGAGGAUAAAUCCUUGAUGAUCAUUUUGGGUUGCCUGCUGAACAAACCUCACAAAUAUCCUGUUAAUGCCUCACUUCCACACCCUUCCAUUCGCCAGUCGUCUUUUCACACUCCCGCGGAGUCUUUUGUCCGCUCUUUAGUGCUGGACAUUUUCCCCGGGGGAGGAAAACCAGAGCAGAAUUUUCCCCCCAUAUGUCAGACACUGAGAGAAAUUCUCACUCUCAACACUGAAGAGGUUUCUUGAUUCAAUUCUUAAACGAAAUUUACUUCUAGUUGUGUUUUUUUUUGGUUUUAAGGAAUUUUAGCUCCAAAUUUCUCCAUGUUUGCCUCAUCGCGCGAUGGAUGAGAAGCGCAUAGCUGAAGCUUGAGAAGAUGAAUAAAAAUUAAUUUUCAAGAAUUAUCAUCAUCCAAGUGUGUAUAACACCUCGACAAAAUAUAAAUUUGUUAUCUUGCAACUCUAUCUCGAUAUGCCACCACGAAGAAUGAGAGACACCCAGAGGCACGAGAAGGCAGGCAAAAAGAGGAAUUUCUCGAGCCUGUGGCCUCCCAAACACCACCAAUAUAUAAAUGUUCUCCAGAGUAUGAUAAUAAACCAGUCGUGAGAUUUAUUGUCACUGAGUGAAAAUUAAUUUAUUAAUCAAAUUGUGUGACAACAUUCGAACAAUAUUCCCCCCGCCAAAUGACGAAGGCGAAGAGAGAGGGCGAGAAAAGGAGAGAAAUUGAGUGUGUUUUCGCAUGAGGAAUUCCAUCUGGAUGAUUCUCACUUGGCGAUCAUCAGAACUUCUGAUCUCUAUUCAAUCUUGCCGUAUUUUAGCACUUUUAUUUCACACUUUAUCGACCUCAUCUCACACUCCCUCUUCAUCAAUAAUUCAUUACUAUGGAAUUUGUGCAGACGCCAUGGAAAUACUAUCACUUUGAUUGGCAAUUGACACUCAUGGGACGAGCGCUAAUUGAAUUUAUGGUCCGGAUAGGACGAAAAGUCUAUUUUCACAAUUUCCACAGGGGAGCAUAACUCUGAAUUUGACACGUUCGCAGCUGAUAUGAAUAAAUCUCCACGCCAAAAGGGAGUUGCACGCAACUUAUCUCACCGCAAGAUGAGAUGAUCGUAAAAAAGUCUCUCUUUUUUUCUCUCCAGACUCACUCCAAGUGCAUUGCAGAUAUUAGGUCGAUCUGGAAGUUCUCAGCUCUCUUCCUGAGAUAAAUCUCAAGCUGAAUAGUGUGUGAAUGCUCGACAAAUGACGAUGGGAAUCUCGACGUCGACUCAAUAGUUUAACUCACAAUUACGAAGAUGGAGGAACUGAUAAAAUUCGAUACUUGUCACAUGCGAGCCUCCCCUCCAAAUAAUCCCGCGAGGGAGAUUUUUUACACCUCGCGCGUCAUCUUCCAAGCGCGGAUGCCCAAGGAAAUUAUUUUUACCCAAUGCCCGGAAGUGAAAUAAAUAAUAUUUCUCUGGUAUUUUGACAUGCAGCAAUUUCUCAUUCGCCGUGAUUGUCUUUGAGAUUAUUUUAAGAGUCUUUAGAAGAGAGCAUCGUGAUUUAUUCCCACUGCAGCGCAAUUAUCACUAUAAGAUAUUCUCUGAUCUUCUCACAAUUGUUCCGAGAAUUGGAUUUGAAUUUCCCUCCCCGAAAGCCCCUCUUCGUCACCAGCAACACCUAUUAUUCUGUCCCAGAGGGAAAAGUGUUGCCACGGCAACAAUUAAACCACAUCAAAGUUUUCUAGCACUCAAGCAAACGGAGAAUCCUGUAUCACUUUGCGAAAUUCAUCCUGUGCUCGUGAUUGUGGUGGAAAUUAAUUUGGCCAACAAUCCAGGAAUCCGUCUCAGUAGGAAAUGGAUGAGAAUCAGAGAAGUUGUGUGAUAUUUGAUCAGUCCAAAAAUCAACUGUUCAAGUUGCACGACAACUACAAGACGGUCCACAGGAAAAUCAAGAAUGACCUCAGGAUUGAAGUCAACAAGUCCGACAUCACGGAGAGCGUCCUGAAGGAUGCCCGACUCUUCGUCACCAGCGGUCCUCAGGAGAACUUCACCGAGGACGAGUUCAGAGUCCUGAAAGCCUUCGUGCAGAGCGGUGGUCAGGUGAUGAUCUUGCUGGGCGAAGGCGGCGAAACGGACUUCAACACGAACGUCAAUUUCCUCCUGGAGGAGUACGGAAUGAGCAUCAAUGCGGAUGUGGCCUUGCGAGCGAAUUACUACAAGUUCUUUCACCCCAAAGAGGCAAUUGUGGGCGAGGGAAUCGGCACUCAGAGUCUGCUGAAGCUGAUCCGGGAGCAGAGCGGCUCCGAUUGGGAUCAGAUUGACGAGAUCAUCAAGCCGGAGUUCGUCUAUCCCUUCGGGGCGACUCUCAACGUCAUCAAUCCCUCUGUAGUGCUCCUGACCACCGGUCCAGUCGUCUAUCCCUUCAACAGACCCGUGGCCGGCGUGUUCUGCCACCCGAGCGGCGGGAAGAUCCUGGCCAUUGGCUCUGGUCACAUGUUUCACGACAGAUACAUCUGCGAGGAGGCGAACAUGAUCAUCUGGGACUACUUUUUCCGCCUCAUGACCGAGGAGAUCCCGCUCAGUCAGCUCCAAUUCAACGACAUUGAAAUCUUCGACAACACUCUCACGCCGAACACAAUUUAUCUCGCCGAUCAGCCGAAGAUUUGCCUGGUGGAGGCGAUUGAUUGCGAAAUCCCGGCGGAUUUCAAGAAGAUCUUCGACAUGCAUCUUCACUCCAUCAACAACAACUCCCUGAGGGAAGUGAUUGGCACAUAUGAGAAGCUGGAUGUGCAGUACGAGGCUCUGAAGAUCAUCAAGCCGCAGUUCGAGAUUCCUUUGCCGCAGCUUCAGCUGGCCAUUUUCCCGCCCGUCUUCACGGAUGUGCCGUCGCCGGCGCUGGAGCUGUUCGACCUGGACGAGGCCUUCAGCACGGAGAAGGCUCAGCUCACGCAGCUCACCAACAAGUGCCUCCUGGCCGCCGAGGACAAGCGCGACGUGGACGAGCGCGAGCUCAAGUACUUCAUCGAGGAGUGCGGCCGCAUUCUCAAUGUGGCGCCGCCGGAUGAGCAGCUCUCAGCCCGGGAGAUUCUCAACAGGAUCGGCGUGAGAAUUACGCAGUACAAGAAACUCGACAGAGAGUAAAAUAUAAUCUAGAAUCAA